GCUCUUUCCUUUAAAAGACGGGCUCAUGGCUGCAGAAGGUUUUCCCUGCAACAUCCUCAGUCCUGUGGUCUGCUACAGCAAAGGUCUUCUCUUCAGCCUUUGGAGGAGAGGUCCUGUAAAAAAUGAGGAAGAUGCUGAAGAUUUGCUGUUUUCUCCUCCUCUUAAGUUUGCUCAGUGGGCAACUGAACGCCAACCCUGGACUCAAAGUGAGGAUCACCCAGAAGGGGCUGGAGUAUGCCAAGGAGGUUGGGCUAGAAAUCCUGAAGCAGAAUAUGGAGAAGGAGCAUUUCCCUGAUUUGACUGGCCAUGAGAAAUCUGGGCUUGGAAACGUCAAAUACAACAUCUCAAGGAUACAUGUUACUGCUGUUGAAUUACCCAGUGCUUCCAUCUCCCUCCUACCAGGGUCUGGGAUAAAACUGGUGAUUGGAAAUGCUUCUCUAACCAUCGAUAUGAACUGGAGCAUAAGGACUUGGAUGUUCAAAGACAGUGGAAGAGGCACAGUGCACAUUUCAAAGGUGUUUGUUACUGCAAUCUUUUCAACACCCCUGGAUAAUACAGGCCCUACAUCAAUAUCCCUCACCAGCUGCCAGACAACUUCUGGUGAUGUAGACAUCAAGCUGAAUGGCAAAACUGGCUUCCUGCAUAACUUCUUUAUCAAGUAUCUGAAGAAACCCAUUCACAGGAGCCUGGUCACUAAUUCAUGUCCCAAUAUCAGAGCUGGGAUCCAGCUGAUAGAUGAAGACCUCCGAUCACUGAAUGCUGUAAUGCAGAUUGAUGAUUUGGCUGAAGUAGACUACUCCUUAAGUAGCUUGCCAGCAGUAUUCCGACCAUUCAUUGACCUGGACUUAAAGGGCGUAGUCUUCCCAGCUGGAAACUAUACUGACUCUCCCUACGUGGCAGCUUCCUUCACAAUCCCAGACCAAAGUGACUCCAUGCUCUACCUUGCCUUCUCUGAGUAUUUCUUUCAGACCUCCUCAUUUGCUUACUACACCGCAGGGGCCUUCAACAUGACCAUUGCAGAGGAGACUUGCAGCUAUUUUAAUAUAAACACAGAGAUAUUUGGCAGUAUCAUCCCUGAGGUAGCUAAAUAUUCAGUUACACCCUACCCAGUGAUGUUGAAGCUAAUGUCUACUGAAAUCCCCACCAUCAGCUUACAGCAGGAUUCCUUCACGCUAGAGAUUCAGGGCUCCGUGGAGGUGUUGGCCGUUUUGCCAGACUCAACCACCCAGUCUCUGUUCACACUGAACAUAGCAGCCAACACCAGCAUUUCUCUGAAUAUAUUUGAUAAGAAAUUGAUGGGCUCGCUAUGUUUAAACAGGAUCCAGUUCUCCCUAGCCCACUCCAAUAUUGGCUCUUUUGAGGUCUUGCCUCUGGAGAACAUCCUAUCUUACAUUUUACAGACUGAAGUAAUUCCAUCAGCUAAUGCUAAAUUGUCAAAAGGAUUCCCUCUUCCCAAUCUGGCCAAUGUUACCUUGACAGGACCUCACAUUACAAUUGUACAGGGAUAUGUGUUGAUUUCAACUGAUGUCCACUACAAACACGAAAGGAAAAGAGAGACUACUUGUUAAGCAUGAACUUCAAAUCAAGUCAAUAAUGGGACUCCAAAGACUAAACACUGUCCAGUUCUGCCGAAAUGUUUAACUUGAGCUCUGACACCCCCAUCCUUCUUGGGGCAAGAGGGGGUGCUGGGAAUCAAAAAAAGCUGAUGGAAUGGUUAGCUGGUAUAAUGGUGGUAACAAGCAGACCCAAGGGAGAAUAUGUAACACAUGCUUGACAUUUAUUUAUUUUACGGUUUAACUGACAUAAAAAUGUUUUUCAGAUUAAUAACUCUUUCAAAAUACGAUUUUGUCUAUGCACUUCCAGAAGGAUGCUGCAAUCUCUUAAAAUUAGGAGAAGUAUGUUGUCAAAAUGAUGCUGCUAGGUCAGAUACAGCUGCUAAUAAUGUUUUUACUUUAACAACCUUAAACACAUCCCUUCUGCACACCAUGCAUGAAGUAGGGAGUGAGCCCUCUCCAGAACUGCGGAACUGCCAGACUGGGAACUGUCCCAGUUACAAUGAGAACUAAAAUCUUUGCAGUAUCUUAACAUAAAUCUUAAGGUGCAGAAGCAGGACAUGAGUCAGUGGCACUACUACUCUCCAUCUCUCCCUGUGACUGUUCAAAUCCUUGUGCCUGUCAUGUGCCCUGUUUAGGGCUGUUUAGCCAGGUUAGAUACAUUUAACUCCCUCAGUGUUUCUGGGUAAAUCCUCUAGAUCUAAUUCUCCGAUAUCUUUGUCUGAAUUGAAGGUUGGAUACUUUUCUUAUUUCGUUUGGGUAUCUUACCCUCUUUCUUUCUCCACCUUUUCUUCCCGUAUUUUAUUAGUGUGCGAAUGUGAGCACAGUUCUGCAGAGGGCCAUGCCUGCCCUGCAAGGCGCAGGUGCUUGUGCUUUGGCCAAACCUGGCCGGGAAGCCGGCUCUGCCUCCCAAACACCUGUUU